UUUAAGUUCGGAAUCUAGUGUGCAGGUUGCGCGGAAUGCGGAGACCGCGGCGAUGCAGCAACUCCGCUUUGGCGGCUAGUGGUGCUGUUUUGUUCCGUUAUUAGGCUACAGGUGGUCGCACAAAUAAGCCCCCCCCCCCGCGUUAAGCCUCACUGGAAAUUUCGCCAACAGCAUUUCAGGCAGCGCGUUAUGAGCUGAAUCUUAUGCAGCGCUGAGCCUUGCCGCGCUGUAGUCGUCGCCGCGACCGUUGCAGCCUGGCUGCCGCUGACUAAUCGUUCCACAGAGGUCUUCUUCCCACGGUUGCCGCGAUGAAAUUCCGAAUCGAAGACCUCGACGUGUACUUCCCGUACGAGUACAUCUACCCGGAACAGUACGAGUACAUGGUGGAGUUGAAACGCACGCUCGACGCCAAGGGCCACUGCCUGCUCGAGAUGCCUACAGGAACCGGCAAGACUAUCACGCUGCUGUCUUUAAUCACCUCCUACCAGAUGGCGCGCAAGGGCACGGGGAAGUUAAUUUACUGCACGCGCACGGUGCACGAGAUGGAGAAGGCGCUCGCGGAGCUGCGCCUGCUGCACGCCUACCAGCAGACCGCGCUCGCGGGGGAAGCCGCCGCCGGCGCACCCGCUAGGGCGGGGGGAAACGGCGCGGAGGGGAAGGGGGGGGGGGCCUUCCGCGGAUCCUAGCACUGGGGCUGAGCUCGCGCAAGAACCUGUGCAUUCACCCCGUGGUGGCGGGGGAGGGGUCGCGGGAGAGCGUGGAUGCGGGGUGCCGCAAGCGCACGGCGUCGUGGGUGCGCGCCGCGGCCAUGGAAAAUCCGGAUAUCGAGGUCUGCACAUACUUUGACCAGUUUGACCGCAAAGGACAAGAAGCCGCCCUGCCGCCCGGCGUGUACACGCUGCAGGACCUGCGCGCAUUCGGCCGGGAGAAAGGGUGGUGCCCGUAUUUUUUGGCGCGGCAUAUGAUUAAUUUCGCGAAUGUUGUGGUGUACAAUUAUCAAUACUUGCUGGAUCCGAAGGUGUCGGGGAUUAUAUCGAGGGAGCUUGAAAGGGAGAGCAUAGUGGUGUUCGACGAGGCGCACAACAUAGACAACGUGUGCAUCGAGGCUUUAAGCGUCAACGUGCGGCAGCAGACGAUUGAUGGCGCGCAUAGGAACCUGGCCCGUCUUAAUACGACCAUUGAGAGGUUUAAAGCAACGGAUGCUGAGAGGCUCAGAGAGGAGUACCGGCGGCUGGUGGAUGGGCUUGCACAGAGAGGCAACCUGCCAGCGUCUGACGCGUGGCUGGCCAACCCUGCUCUCCCCUCCGACAUCCUCCAAGAAGCAGUUCCUGGGAACAUCCGCCGCGCCGAGCACUUCCUCGCAUUCCUGCGCCGCUUCCUGGCAUACCUGCAAACCCGACUCAACACGACACGCGUUGAGUCGGAGGGGCCGCUGGCCUUCCUGCACGCGCUGCAGGCGGCAACGGGCAUCGAGAGCAAGAGCCUGCAGCUGUGCUACGACCGCCUGCAGUCACUGCUGCUCACGCUGCAGGUGGCGGAGGUAGACGAGAUGGGGUACCUGCAGUGCGUCUGCGACCUGGCCACGCUGGUUGGGACGUACACCCGCGGGUUUGCCAUCAUCAUAGAGCCCUUUGAUGAGCGACAGCCGCAACUAGCUGACCCUGUAUUGCAGCUGAGCUGUCUGGACGCGUCGCUGGCCAUCCGGCCCACAUUUGAGCGCUUCCAGAGUGUCAUUAUUACGAGCGGCACGCUGAGCCCCAUCGACCUGUACCCGCGCCUGCUCAACUUCCAACCCGUAUGCAUCCGCUCCUUCACGAUGUCACUAUCGCGGGACUGCCUCUGCCCGCUCGUCGUCACUAGGGGCAGCGACCAGCUCCCGCUGAGCACGCGGUUCGACAUGCGCAGCGACCCCGGGGUGGUGCGCAACUACGGGCGGCUUCUGGUGGACAUGGCGGCGUGCGUGCCGGACGGCAUCGUUUGUUUCUUUGUGAGCUACGCGUACAUGGAUGGCAUCGUGAACAGCUGGAACGACAUGGGCAUCCUCAAGGAGGUGAUGGAGCACAAGCUCGUGUUCAUCGAGACGCAGGAUGUGGUGGAGACCACGCUCGCGCUCGACAACUACCGUCGGGCGUGUGACUGUGGCCGGGGGGGCGUCUUCUUCUCCAUCGCCAGGGGCAAGGUGGCGGAAGGGAUCGAUUUUGACCGCCAUUACGGCCGACUCGUUAUAAUGUUUGGUGUUCCAUUCCAGUACACUCUAAGCAGAAUACUGCGCGCGCGCCUGGAGUAUCUGCGGGAGACGUUUCAGAUCCAGGAGAACGACUUCCUCACCUUCGAUGCCAUCAGGCAAGCAGCCCAGUGUGUGGGGCGAGUCAUUCGGUCGAAAUCAGACUACGGCAUUAUGAUUUUCGCUGAUAAGCGGUACAACCGGCACGACAAGCGCAGCAAGCUACCGGGGUGGAUUCUGUCGCAGCUGCCCGACGCCCACCUCAACCUCUCCACUGACAUGGCUGUGCACAUCGCCAGGGAGUUUCUAAGGCGCAUGGCGCAACCGUUUGACCGGGCGGCAUCAAGGGGCGGAGCAACAGCCACUCUUCUCAGUGAGGCUGACGUGGCAGUCAUGGCUGCAUCGAUGGGCACAGCGGGGUAGGAGGAGGAGGCGACUAAGAGUGGCAGACGAGGAGGUGGAUUACCUAGGAAGAAUGGCAAUCCAAAGGGUGCGGGCUGACGCAGCACCCACAAAGUGCGAGUGCUCGUCAACCGCUAGGCACUUGAGGAUGGUGACACUGUCACAGGAUCGAAUUGGUCGAGGGAAGUAUAUACAAGGCGUUUUUAUACGUCCAAGGUACAUCAGGUAACAAGGUUUAUCCUAUCCAAAGGGAAUAGACUCUUCUAGAAAUAGAAUCACCCUGUGUAUGGCCAUACGAGGCUAUUGGCUUUAAGGGAAUACAACACAAUUUUGCUAGAUAUAGCGCGUCAGUACCAGGGCUGACGUUUCAAAAAAAGGCACUCUGAUUUUGCCCCCCCAAAAAAUUCCCGAGUCUGAA